UCUAUUUUUUUUUAAACACCGGAAAUGGAAGUAUGGCUGAAGAAAAUGUGAGAAUUGAAGAAAGUUUAAAAGUGAAAAUAGGUGAAGCCAAAAAUUUACCAAGCAACAGUUUAUCAGGAACAGGAAAGAGUACCUACUGUAUGAUAAGAUUAGAUCACGAAGAAAUAUACAGAACAACUACAGUUGAAAAAUCUCUCAAUCCAUUUUAUGGUGAAGAGUUUACAGGAGAAAUUCCAAAGAAAUUUAGAUAUUUAUCUGUUCAAUUGUACGAAGCUAGCCAAAACAAAAGUAAGGUUAUUGGGAAAACAACUUUAAGACGACAGGAACUGUACAAGUAUCAUGGGAAAGAGCACUGGUUCCCUUUAGUACCAGUUGAUGCUAAUAAUGAAGUUCAGGGUAAAGUUCACUUGGAGAUCAAGUUUGAUGAAUACUUAAAUGGUGAAUCAGAAAAUUAUACCUCACAGGGUUUGUCAGUCAGGGUACUAGAAUGUACUGACUUACCAGUAACAAAUGGCGGGUGUAAUCCCUAUGCUAUGGUGACCUUGACCUAUAGUAAGUCGAGGAAUAAGGCUGAUAUCAGAAGGACUACAGUGAAGAAGAAGACAACUUGUCCACAGUUCAAUGAAUGCUUUCAAUUUGUAUUAGGAAGUAAAGGCCAGAACUCUGACAGACAGACAUAUUAUAUAGAAGAUGAAUUCAACAUUGAUCUGGGGGUCUCAAUAUGGCAUGAUGAUUCUAGAAUGUCCAGAGAAGUAUUUGGAAAAAUAUUUCCAGGAUCAUUUCUUGGAGAAGUUAAAAUGCCUUUGAAAGAUCUAACCUCUGGUACAGUUCACAAUGCAUGGUACUGUUUGCGGAGACGAGAGAGUUGGAAGCCACAUCAGUAUGAUCUUGGUUCCUUAAGAUUAAAAAUCUCCUAUACCUCAGAUCAUGUUUUCCCACCGGAAUACUAUGAUGAAUUACGGGAGCUGCUGUUACAGUCUCCUGAUAUCGAGCCCAUUACCUCAAGUGCAGCUUACAUACUCAGUGAGGUUGUAGAUCAUCGACAGGAUGCAGCACAACCUCUCAUGAAAAUAUUUCUCCACCAUAAUAGAUUAGUCCCAUUUAUCAGAUCCCUGGCAAAGUAUGAAAUUGACAGAACAGCGGAUCCUCACACAUUGUUCCGUGGUAAUACUCUAGUGACAAAGUUGAUCGAUGAGUUGAUGAAGCUGACUGGUUUACCUUACUUGCAGGAAACAAUUAAGGCCACAAUAGACCAGAUCUGUAUAGAACACAAAUCUUGUGAAAUUGAUCCAACCAGGUUAAAAGAAGGAGAGAGCCUUGAAGAAAAUAUGGACAGUUUGAAAUGUUAUGUACAAAGAAUUUUUCAAGGAAUAAUAUCAUCAUCAUUAUUGUGUCCAACCAAUAUGUGUGAAGUAUUUUAUGCCCUGAAAGAUAUUGCCCACCAGUACUUCAAAGAUUCCAGUGAAGUACGAUAUCAAGCUGUCAGUGGAUUUGUGUUCCUCAGAUUCUUUGCUCCUGCCAUUUUAGGACCAAAACUUUUUGAUCUCAGAAAUGAUACUCAGGACAGUAUUGUUAAUAGGACAUUAACCUUAAUAUCCAAAGCAAUACAAGGAUUAGGAAAUCUAGUCAGUUCUAAAACUCUAUCCUAUGGAUUAAAGGAAGAUUAUAUGGUGCCAUUAUUUCAAUAUCUGUCUCAGCCAUCACACAUUGAAGCCGUCCGAAUGUAUUUAGACAUCAUAUCAUCUGCAGCAAGAGCAAGAACACAAAAUGUUUCUGGUGAAGCACCAAUUAUUAUAAAAGAAGGGACAUUAAUCAAAAGAGCUCAGGGACGUAAAAGAAUACUUAAAGUGAAGAACUUUAAAAGAAGACAUUUUUGUUUGACCAAUCAAAAACUCUCCUAUUCAAAAAACAGGGGAGACAAUCCGUUAUAUGAAAUCCCUGUUGAAGAUAUUCUGGCUGUGGAAACACUGCAGGAAGAAUCAUUCAAAAUGAAAUAUAUGUUCCAAGUGAUUCAGCCUGAAAGAGCUUUGUAUAUCCAAGCAAAUAAUUGUGUGGAAGAGAAAGAAUGGUUGGCCAUUUUAACUAAAGUGUGUAACAGAAACAAGAAUCGACUUAAGACAUUCCAUCCAGCAGCUUAUAUCAACGGACACUGGUUAUGUUGUAAGAAGAUAGAAUCUUCGUGUGAAGGUUGUACUCCAGUGUCUGGUGGUCUACAUGCUACAGAUAUUCAGGUCUCUAUUGAUUCAGAUAGAGAAGUAGAGAAAAUACAUUCCCAGUUCUUAGCUAAUAGAGAGAAAUUAGAGGCCAUGCAAGCUGUCAUGGAAAGGAAGGAUGCAUGUGCUGAUCAGGAAGUCUAUACAGGGGAAGAUAACUACCAACAUCCUUACAUCGAAGACACAAAGACAUGUUUUGUUACACUCAAUGAAGUACUUAAAUGUGUCAUAAGUCUGGAACAAGAACACAUGCAAUACAGGAAAAACAAACAACGGAAUACAGUUAUUGGUUCAAUAGAUGCACCGUUUGGUGAUGAAAGUGUUGUAUCGUACCAAGAAAAUUCCCGGUUAUGACGUGUUUCCCACCGUGAUGUUCUCAUGUUUUAUAUUGUAUGUGUUCAAAAGAUGUCAAAGAUCAAAUUGCCAUUUGAAAUUACCAGAAGUUGAUAUUCAUAGUUAUUUUUAUAUAAGUUCAAAAUGAAGGGUAUACUCUGCAAUAUUUCUUAUAAAACUGCAACCUUAACAAAGCAAGGCCACACAUUUUUUUUAGGAAGUUUGAAAUAAAUAAUUAAGCUUCUAUAGCUUAUGAUUGAUCAAAUUUCAGAUUUUAUUACUAAGAAAAGAAACGUCUUAUAAUAGUAUGAAUCUUGCAUCAAUGUUAAGAUAAGUCUCCUUAUAGAGUUUAUAUUAAUUUGGGGAAAAAAAUGAAUUCAACAUACUUUAUUUAAGAUUCACUAUUGGUUUAUUCUUGAAAAUUUUACAAAAACAAUUUUGAGAUGUUCACUUAAAGUUUGCUUACAAAAUAACACCUAAGAGACUUAUUGACUUUUCAUGUGUAAUUGGAGUUUCGUUUGUGCUAUGUAAUAUUCUAGUGCUUGUGAUUCAUGAAUUUUUCAUGCCAUUUUUCAAUUAUAUUUUUUUGGUGGAUUUUGGUUCUUCAUAAUUUUUAAAUCAUUACAAAAAAAGUUCAAUUUAUAUUUGAAUACUGCUGUGAAAAUAAAAAUUGAAAGGGAAAUAAAUCCCUCGUUUAAUCUAUUUAUUUUUGUUGUUUUGUGUCUCAUUUUCAGUUUUUCAGAGAAACUUUUGAAAAUUCAAACUCAAUUAUGAGUCGGAAAUACAUACAAUGUAUGUCAAAAAGAAUUUUUAAGUGAAAAUUUUCAAGAUUGUAUUCAGAAUAAACUCAUCAUAGAUACCAGGUGUAAAUUUUGAAUUGAUAACAGAUGUGCGUUUCGUCUACAAAAAGACUCAUCAGUGACGCUCGACUCCAAAACAGUUGAAAAGGCCAAAUAAAGUACAAAGUUGAAGAGCAUUGAGGACCAAAAUUCUUUAAAGUUUUGCUAAAUACAGCUAAGGUAAAUAAACUCAUCAUAUAUACUCUAUUUCUAAGGUAGAAAAGCCUUCAAAAAUUUAAAAAAUUUUAAAGUUUUGUAAACAGUCAAUUUAUAAAUAUGACCAUAUAAAUGAUAAUUCAUGUCAGCACAGAAGUGUUGACUACUGUACUGGUGAUACCCUCAGGGAAUUAAAACUCCACCAGUAGUGGCAUUGACCCUGUUGUUUGCUGUUGACAAAAAUAUUUUUGAGAUCAACUUUAUUAUAGUGCCUACUUUAUGUCAGUUUAAGGAAAGGGGUUAUUAUUCUGUUUAUAAUAAAAACAUAUGAAAUAAAUGAUUUUCUUACUGUGUAAGGAAAUACAUGCAUUAAUUUAAAAAAAAUGUUAAAUAAGAAAUUUAUUUCAUUUUAAAAAUGGCAUAUUACUAAAAUUAAUAUUUUUCUGGCAUGAAAGAAAUGUAGUUAUAAUGUAAACAAAACAUGUGGCAUUUCUCCAUCAUUUUGUAUUUGCAUUGUCAUUGCUUGCAUUAAGAUAGCCUUAAAAGUCAAGUUUCUCUCAUGAUACAAGUACAGAGGUUAGCAUACACAUGUGGAUUCAGUAUUGUUAAGUACUUUUUGAAUAAAAAUGAAUUGGAAUAUAUUUUUGAGAUUAUUUUUUUUAAAAUUUAUAUCAAAGCUUUUAGUUUCACAUUUUUAGGACCAUAAAGAAGAGUAUUUAUUAUACAAGCUGUAUAAUUUUCUGAAAUGGCAGAAUAUAAUCUUUUGUGAUAAGUAGGAGCAUUUCAAGCAUGAAAUUGAAGUUGUUUUGUAUAUUAUCAACUAAAUUUUGGUUUCUGAUUAUUUUUUUUCUUCAUUAAAUGGCAUUUUUUUUUUAGAGAUUCAUUACAUGUAUAUGCUUUGUCAUUUAUUUUUGUAUCAUUACAGAUGAUGUUCUUUUGCAUAUAUUUUAUUCAUACGACACAAAUUACAUGUACUUUUUAAAUUUGUUACUAUCAGUAUUCCUUUUCUUUGUUAUUGUUUAUUUGUAAAUAGAAACUUUUAUUUUGUUAUUUUGUCAUCUGAUUUUAUCAUAUAAAUAUAAAAAAUUAUAGUAGAGCCUGUUCUAUUAAAAAAUAUAUAAGUAGAAGGCAUUACAUUUUCUGUAUUGGCCACAGUAUCAAAACUUCAUUUUAAGUAUAAAAAGUGACCAAUAUGUUUAGAUAUUAACACUACACCGCAUACUGUGUUAAUUGAGUCAAUUUUUUAAUGAAGCAGCAUAAUUUUCAUGGCCCGACUUCAAAGAAAGUCAUUCUUGAUUUUGUGAAAUUUAAAAACGGUAAAAAAAAUUUCAAAGGGGGUUAACUGAUCAUUUCAGAUUCUGAUUUUUUUAAGAAUCGUAGCACAGUUUAGCAAUUGUUGAUAAUAGAAUUAUUUGACUGGUCCCUGUCCUACCCAAAUUAAAUUUCUACAGAACAAGCAUACAAGGUUCAAGCUCACAUAACUUUACAUUCUAUAAUAUUGAAAUGGGUGGUUCUAUUACAUGGAAAGUGCCUUCUUCAGAAAAUUUAUAUUUUGCGCAAAAUCCUGAACAGGAUUCUUAGGACUUGGUUGUGGUAAAUAAUUUCUUGGUAAUUUUGAUGAAAAUGUUACUGUAAAUUCAGAAAUUAUUUCGAGGUUUUUACUCAUGUGAAUAAUGCCAUUGGGUGAGUCUUCCAAUAAUAUGAACUCACAUUCUAAAAUUUGAUACAUGUAUGUGUAUAUCUCACAAUUAUUAAUCUUACAUUUUUGUCCAUGCGUCAACAAACGCAAUACAUAGUAAAUGCAGGCAAUAAUUUCUGAAUUUACAAUAAGUAUUCAAUGUAAUUUUUUAUCACUUUGCUUUUCCUAUGUGAAAAAAGGGGAGUAAUAAUAAAAGUCUUUAGUAUUUGACUCUUGAAAUUGUAAAAUUAUUCAAGCCAUUCAAAAUUACGUUGAUUUAUUAAUGAAUUGUAGGUUGAUAUAAUCUGGGAAUAUAUGUGCACAAAUAUUCAUUGUGAGGGCACUUUGAUGUCUUAAUUAACAUGACAAAAUUGACAACAUGGUAAUUUUAAACAUACUUUUAAGGUCAUUACAAGUUUUGGCACGAUAUUAGUAAUUGUCAUUCUAAAGAAGAUAUUUGGAAAAAGAAAUUUUGUGCAAAAUAUUUACUUUUGUUGGCUGAGCAUGUCUAAAUAUCUCAAUGGGAGGGUAUUUGGCAGGGUUUUUUUAAUAACUUUUUGUUUUUUCUGACUGUUGACAGUUUAUUUUAAAGACAUUUUUAAAGAUAAGAUAUGUUAUUUUAUGGGUUGAAUAAACUUGGUACAAGAUUAAAAUCAUAAUGUUAUAAUUGUCGUAUUGUUUUUAUUCAAAGAUAAUAUGUGCAAAAUAUGUAGGGGUUUUCCCUUUUCAGAAAACAUUUCUUUGAUUGUUGAUUUUGUUUAUUAACAUAAAUAAAUGUCUUAUAUUUCACAUGAAGAGAAUUUGCAACAGGUAGUUGCACUUCUAGUAGAACUGAUUUAUAAUGCAAUAUAAGGAAUAAAUUUAUUUUUCAUUAUCAGAGGAACUUCAUGUACACCAGAUGUAAUCAUAUUAUUUUAUUCCUUUCAAGUUGGUGCAACAAUUGUUUUCACCAUUUUUUCUUGAUAUUUUUAGUAUUUGUUAUAUGUCUGUUGAAAGAUAUUGUACAAAAUUUGAUUAAUAAAAACUUUAAC